CUCGGGCUUUGAGAAGAGGAGCGGACGGAGGAGAGACUUCACCACGCUGCAGACAUGCCGACUCUCGGGGGCCAGUUUGUCUUGUUUUGGCUGGUCUGGGGCCAGUCCUGCGCUCUGGGAGGGAAAGUCAACAAGCACAAGCCAUGGAUCGAAACCUCUUACCACGGUGUGAUCACAGAGAACAUGGACACGGUGCUGCUGGACCCUCCGCUGGUGGCUCUCGACAAGGAUGCCCCGGUGCCCUAUGCUGGGGAGAUUUGUGCCUUUAACAUCUACGGCCAGGAUGCUCCUUUUGAGGCUGUGGUGCUGAAUCGCACAUCAGGAGAAGGAGUCCUGAGGGCCAGUACCCCCGUGGACUGUGAGAUCCAAAAAGAGUACACCUUCAUCAUCCAGGCCUAUGACUGCGGGGCCGGGCCCAGCGGCGCCGACUGGAAGAAAUCUCACAAGGCGGUGGUUCACAUCCAGGUGGACGACGUCAACGAGUUCAGCCCGUUGUUUCGGGAGCCACUGUACAAGGCGUCAGUAACAGAAGGGAAGAUCUACGACAGUAUUCUGCAGGUGGAAGCUUGGGACCAGGACUGUUCACCGCAGUACAGCCAGAUCUGCAACUAUGAAAUUGUCACAGCAGGGACUCCGUUUGCGAUCGACCGCAAUGGUAACAUCAGAAACACGGAGCGUCUGAGUUACGACAAACAGCAGAGCUACGAGAUUAUGGUGACAGCCUUCGACUGCGGCCAGAAGAGAGCCAAGGAGGAUGUGCCCGUGCAUAUUGAAGUCAAGCCUGUCUGCAAGCCUGGAUGGCAAGGCUGGAACAAGCGCGUGGACUAUGAGCCAGGCACUGGGAGCAAGCAGCUUUUCCCCAAAAUGCACUUGGAAACAUGUGGGGGUCCCCUGUCUGGUGUGAAGGCGAUGGUGGAGCUGCAGACGAAUCACAUCGGGAAAGGCUGUGACCGUGAAACCUACUCUGAAAAGUCUCUGCAAAAACUCUGCGGUGCAGCAUCGGGCAGCACCGACCUGCUUCCCGCCCCCAGCCCUUCCACAAACUGGACGGCGUCUCUGCUGACGGACAGCGGCCGAGACAGCGACCUCAUUUACAGAUUUGACGGGCGACAGGCGGCAAAUGUUCCGGAUCACGUCGUUCCCCAAAACCUGACAGAUCAGUUCACCCUGGCAACCUGGAUGAAGCACGGGCCCACGCCGGGGCUCCGGGCCGAAAAGGAAACCUUACUGUGUAACUCUGACAAGACCGAGAUGAACCGCCACCAUUACUCCCUGUACGUUCACAACUGCCGCCUGGUGUUCCUGCUCAGGAGGGAUUUCACUCAGGUCGACACUUUCAGGCCCGCUGAGUUCCACUGGAAACUGGAGCAGAUCUGCGAUAAGGAAUGGCAUUAUUAUGUGAUCAACGUGGAGUUUCCUGCCGUGACGCUGUUUGUGGACGGGGUGACCUACGAGCCCUACCUGGUGACGGACGACUGGCCGAUCCACGCCUCGAAGAUUGACACACAGCUGACCGUGGGCGCCUGCUGGCAAGGUGGUGAGAUAGCAACCCCACGGUUCACUCAGUAUUUCCAUGGCAGCCUGUCAGGUCUGACAAUCCGACCAGGCCGCAUUGAAACCCAGAAGGUUAUCUCCUGUUUGCAGGCCUGCAAAGAAGGCCUUGAUAUAAACUCCCUUGAAAGCCUCGCUAAGGACAUAAAGUUCCACUUUAACCCAGCCCAGUCUGUGCUGGUGGUGGAAGGGGAGGAUGUGGACAGCAUCAACACAGCCAUGACCAAGGUCUCCUACAUCAACUCCCGACAGUUCCCCACGCCGGGGCUCCGCCGGCUGCACAUCACCACCACAGUGCAGUGUUUCGGAGAGGACACGUGUCUUUCCAUCCCAGAUAUCAAGGCCGUAGUUAUGGUCCUGCAGCCGAGUGAACCACAAAUCACGAUUACAGGAUCGAAUCGACUGGUCAGGCCGGCUGGAGACCUGCGGGGCCCGCUGGGCGUGGCACCCUUCAAAGAGCUUUACAUUACCAGCACAGUCAUGAAGGGAGAUGGCUUCGGUGGACCCCGGAGGCCAGGUGUGAUGGAGCUAAUGCACAACCUGGACUACUGCGACGUGCUUGUAAUUGGGGACGAACUCAAUCCUGAGAGGGAGAGUCUGGAGAUUCAUCACAGCGCUCUGCUGGGAAAACACCUUGAUGCCACCAACUCCACUUCUGGAAUAUCAAUAUAUGGCGUGGACUCCAUGGCCCACUAUGAGCAGGCGCUGAGACAGGUGCGCUACAGGAACUGGCGGCCCGCCGCUCUGAGCGAGAGAAGGUUCAGACUCACCUGCUCCGAACUCAACGGACGUUACACGAGCAAUGAAUUUAAUUUGGAGGUCAGCGUUCUUCACCACUCGGCGCCCGUGGAGCACGUCAACCACAUGGCCGCACAGCCGCAGUACAUGAGACCGGUCCACCACCCACUCAUGAUUCACACUAUCAACUCGCACAUGUCGGCGGGGGCGCCGCCUGCAGCCACGGUAGUUAUCGUGGUUUGUAUCGCCGCCCUGGUGGUGAUCGUGGUGAUCGGCGUCUACAGGAUCCACGCCACACACCAGGAAGGCUCCAGAGAGGAUGAAGAUGAGGUCAAAGAGCCUGAGGCGGAAUGGGACAACUCGGCGCUCACCAUCACCGUCAACCCCAUGGAGAACGUAAGAGGACCCCAGGCGGCGGCGGGUGAAGAAGUCAGAGCGGAAGAGCACGAGGAGGAGGAGGAGGAUGAAGAGCUGGUGGGAGGCGGGACGAGUGCUGAGUCAGAUAACAGUGAUGAAGAGGAAAGAGAGGAUGACAGCGGAGGGAGAAAAGAUGUGGAGGAGAGAAAGCAGAAGGGAAAACUUGAGUGGGACAGUUCCUCGAUGGCAUAUUAACCACAGACACACACAGGGAUCAACAAAUCCACAAACACACACUCUCCACAUGUCUAGCUCAACCACACACACACAUACACGCAUGCAUCAUUUCACAACCGUACACAUACAGAGACACACACAAAUAAAAUCUCCAAUAAUAAUAAAAAAAAGAAUUUACAAUCCAUGGCUGGAAAAUACACUUUUAAUCGUCCCGUGUUGUCAUUUUUAAUGAAACAUCUCCCUCUGCUGGACAAAGUCAAAAAAGCACCAUCACAGUGCUGGAGAACACAGUCUGGAUGCACAUUAUUAUUCAUAUCACAACCUGUAAAGAAGGCCAGAAUAUAUCAAAUGAGCACACUCAUCUCAUUAUCUAAAUAGAUUUGUCUCCAGAUAAAAUCAAAUAAAGAACUUUAAAACAACCAUGACCCCAAUCUUAAAAGCAGUGAAAUUAUUACAAAUACAAGGAUAAAAUGUACUUUUCCCCCAAUAUUUUAUACAUGUGUCCUCAGAUUACUUUUGUAUGGUUUAUUUUUUAGAGAGAUUGUCUACAAAUGUUGAUUUAUUAAGAAGUUUAAAAGCAAGAUAUAUCCAUAGACAUAACCACUAGUCCAUUUAUCCAGAACCCUUUUUGGUGUUAAUCCCAUAGCUUGACUUGUAGGUAUGAUAGCUGUACUGUCACUCAUCGUUAUUAUAUUAUUUGUUCUCAUGAUCAACUCGAAUCCAACAUGUUUGAAGUCUGUGUGAUCAGUGCUGGGUUCCUCCUAUUCAGUUGCAGUGCUGUGGUUCUUUGGCUUUGACAAUAAAGAGAAGCAGGUUAUCUCUCACCACAAACGUUCCACAUUUCUCCCGAUUCGCACACAAAACACAGCAGAAGUGUGACCCGUUGAAUAUCUUCCAGCUUCGGUGACUCGAAAGUAUUUGGAAUCUGACAUGAAUGCUUUUCUGUCUUGUGACUGAAAAAGAUUGAAGUUGAAAUACGGUUUGAAGCGAAGGAGCUGAUCAAUUUAUUUAAAAGCCUGAUUGUUUGCAUCUGUCUGUGAACCAUAUCUAUCCAUACUGUGGACUGACGUAACCUUUGCUGUUUAGAGGUAGACCACUUCUGUUUCCGUUUAGCAGCAGAUGAAAAGAUACAGAGAUGUUGCUGUGUGCCACUGGAAGUGUGUUUCUUUUUUCCUUUUCAUAUCUAUAAAAAAGGGAGCCCUGCUAUGCAAUUAUGGGCUCAGUAUAAAAGAGCGGUGCACAGAAAAUAGGGGUACUCCAGCGAUUUGGAAUAUAUUUACAGAGAGAGACCGAGGAAUUAAAAAAGAGAGGUUUGAAGAGGUUGAUGCUGCAGAAGCUGAGUUAUAUUGUCACUGAGGUCUCUUAUAGUUCAGUCACCGAAAAAUGAGAUCUGUCGGAUUUUCGUCUAAGAUUUCCCAAGCACCUGUUCAGCUGCAGGAUGCAGGAUUCAUCCGCUGGUUAGAAGUAUAGCAUCUCCACUGGUAUAAUAACUGUAAUCGAACAUCAGUGUUGGGGGAGUGUCCUCCGUCGCUGUGUCAUGAGUCAGGAUUUUACUUUUAUUUUCUUUUAGUCAACAGUGAAAGCUGCACUAAAUGUUGUUGCACAAAAUUUUACAGAAUUUAUGAAAAAAAAAAAAAGAUGGUAAAGAAAGACGAUUGACUGUCCAACGUGCAAACGAAAGUCUUCUCAUGUGAAAAUGGUGGAGUACCCCUCUAAAGUCCAGUAAUGUUACCCAGUGAAACCUAAAUGUCGAGGCAAAGAAGCAGAGUUCACAUGACAAGCAGUGGAACUCUUCCUGAUGUUUAUGUACAUCCGUACUAUGAUUGUUUCUAAUAUUUGAAAAAAAAAAAAAUAAUAAUAUCGGCUAAGUCGAAACUGAUCUUCAGGGUAACGUUUACGUUGGAAUGAGCUAAAAGAGAACCCUGCAUUCCCGUUAGUACUCGGAGACGGCGCCUCUCACCUCUUCACGUCUGCUGUCUCUGUUCACCUGCCUGACCUCUCGGCCUUUAGGCACCCGUGAUUGUGAUGUCAUCCUUGUGAAGCAACUGCCUUGUUUCCUUCGUCUCCCUUUGUCAUAUUAAUGCUUCUGAUGGAUUAAAGAGAAAACAACAGAUUCUUUUACAUAUAUAAAGAAAAAAAAAAACAAACCCUGUAAAAA